AUUUUAGGACAUCUUCCAUCUCUUCAGCCAUUGAAUCGGUCAUUGGUUCUUAGAGCCACCCAGUAUUCUUCGAUUUACCGCAUAGAGUUUUUCGAUCCAGGAAGAGAGAGAAAGAGAGAGGGGGAGAGAGUGGGCGAAGAGAAAAAGAGAUCAAUCCCCAACUCUCUCGCUCUUUCUUUCCUUCUCAAUUUUUUUUAAUCGAUUUUCUAUUGUUUUCGAAGAAGCUCUAAACAUGAACGAGAAGGCUACCGUUUCCAUGGAACUAAAUGUUAAACACACAAAGAUACUAGAGGGACUUCUCAGGCUUCCAGAAAAUAUGGAAUGUGCUGAUUGUCGGAACAGGGCCCCAAGUUGGGCAAGCGUCAACCUUGGAAUAUUCAUAUGCAUGCAAUGCUCGGGAAUUCACCGUAAUCUUGGAGUACAUAUUUCAGAGGUGAGGUCUACAACUCUAGAUACAUGGCUGCCUGAUCAGAUUGCAUUCAUGCAAUCUAUGGGGAAUGAGAAGGCAAAUAGUUAUUGGGAAGCAUUGUUACCACCAGACAGCGAUAGAAGUGAUAUUGAAGAAUUCAUACAAGCCAAGUACCAGGAAAAAAAAUGGGUUUCUGAAGAUGCUGAACUAAUUAAUAUGAUUAGUGAAAGGCAUUCAAACUGUGACAAAGCAACAGAAGGUGGAGCUAGAAUUCCAAGGAGAGCAAGAAAGUAUUCUUUGGAGGAGGAAAUUCUUGACGCAAACAUGUCACAAAUUGCUUCAACAACAAGACUUCGCUGGGCUUCUGUAGACAUGAGUCACAUGACGGAUAAAUUAAUUAUUGAAUCUCCUCCAAAUGAUAACAGUCUUGAAAAGCAACCAUCAAUAACGAGUGACACUGCAACAGAUCUCUUCAGUUUGCUUUAUGCCCCAGAGGUUAAGCAAGAUCGCGUUGUAGUACCUGCAUCCCGCUGGGCUACAUUUGAGUGAGAUAAUGCCUCAAAGGAGGAACUUAUGGAGUUAAACUCCAAAUGCUCUUGGAUUAGAAUAGAACUUAUGAUCAAAAUAGUGAAAACUGGAAGAGCUUGCAUCUUCUUAACAGGUACUAAAUGCUCCACCAUUGUUUCCACCUAGCUUCACUACUUAUGAUGAGAUUGACAUUUGUGAAGCAAAUACAGAUCAACAUAUCUAUGACUCAGCUGUCCAUAAAAUAAUUGUACAUAUGUACAUUUCCCACCUUUUAGUCUCUGAAGAUUAAUUAGCUUGUGAUACCAGAAUUAACGCUCAUAAUACUUGCUAUGUUCUUCAUCAAUUAUUUUAUUCUGUAUAAAAUGCAUUUCUUUCUUUCCUAGCUCA